AUGAAUACCCAAGAAGUAAUUGAUGAGUAUCUUUCACGAUCUUUCAAGGAUCAUCCAAGAUUAAGGGAUCCCAGUCAAUUUAGAAUUUUAUCUUAUUGUAUUCAGAAUAUCUAUGGUAAGAAGAAUUCAUUAUUUUGUAUAGAUGUGGAAGCAUGGGAAAGAAAUACUAAAAUAGUAACCGAGAUUGGAAUAUGUAUCUAUGACCCAUCUAAUCAAGAAUUAUCUAUGGUUCCUUCAUUUCACACCUAUCAUAUUAGAAUAAGAGAGAAUUAUCAUAGGAAAAAUGGUAGGUUUGUGCCGGAUCACGUUAGUAAUUUUGCUGGUUUAAAUACUUAUGUUAUGACUAUGGAAGAUGCUGUUACUUUUAUCAAAUUAUUGAUAGAGAAAUAUUUUGUUAACAGUGAUAACCCUUGUAAUCUUGUAGGUCAUGACUUAAACGGAGAUAUCAAAUGGUUCAAAACUUUAGGUAUUGAAUUCCCUUCCAAUAUAAUCAAAGUGGAUACUCAAUUUCUUAUGAGUUUAUCCACUCAAAAACAAAGAAGUUUAUCUAAAUCCUUAGCUUUGGUUGGUAUACCUCAUAGUUUCUUACAUAAUGCUGGUAAUGAUGCGUAUUAUACUUUAGUUCUAGCAUUGAAACUAUCUGAUCCUCAAUCAAGAACUAUUCAUGGAUUAGACGAUGGGAAGAAUUUCCCAUUAGAUAUCGAACAUGAAAAGAGACAUAAGAAUAGAUGUCCUGAAUUAGAAGUUGAUGAUCCGUUACUUUUGAUGGAAGAACUUCAUCCUUAA